GCCAAACAGACCACUGGAAAGAGUCAGAUUCUCGGUACGACGUCGUGCUCUGAGACAGCCUCCCAUUGUUAACGACUUCCGAGCAUUUCCCAUAGCCAUAGGCAACACGAAGAGCGACCGACAGAGAGAGACCAAUCGAACGAGAGAGAGAGAGAGAAAGAGAUCAAACGAGGGAGAGAUGGAAACGACGGAGGAGGCGGAGGUGACGGGCGGAGGAGGAGGAGAAGCUGUUCGGCGUCGUCGUCGGAUAGCGGAGAGAGGUUCGGAUCGAAUGGCGCUCAUAACCGGUCGCAUCCAAACUCUCUCUCCUCCUCCUCCUAAUUCUCCUAAUUCUUCUUUAUCCAAACACUCGCACUCGCAAUCAUCCCCUGCUCUCUUAAUCCAAGAUCGCUCCUUUCCACAACCGCCCCUCAAUUCCUCCGAUCAAAUCAACAUUGUGCACAAGAGCGAUGAUGAUGCCUCUGGUACAUCAGCGAAACAUGACAUCAGCAAUAAACUUUCAAGGGGAAAUGCAUUUAACUUCAGAGGCAAAGGAGACCCCCAAUUGCGCAAAUGUGAAACAACCAUAGGAGCGACACAAGUUCCCGAUGAAGAGGCAAAGAACGAAGCACAGCCGUUACUCGUCACUCCAAAGGCUCCUAAACCAUCAGCUGAUAAGGAAUUAUUUUCAUCUGCAAGUAACAGUCAGUUCCAUUACUUAAAUGCCAAAGAAAUAAACUCCUGCAUUGUGGGUUCAGAAAUUAUACGUGUCUUCUGUGCUGUCAUAAUAGCACUAUUGGUUGUUCUAUCUAAUAUCAAUCUUCCUCGUAACAUAGUGAAGUCAAGGAGCACUAUAGCUUCACGGCCUCUUUAUAUCCUCCUGCUAAUGGAUGUAAUCAUUGUGGUGGUACGACUGCUAGAGAAGCAAAGGAGUUUGGAGAAGACCCAGGAAGAAAAACAUGGCAUGCAGGGAGAUGGGCAAAAUUGGGCAGGAGCCUUCAAGAUCUUGGAGAUAGGUUUGGUUUUCUACCAGAUAGUACGCGCUCUCUUCAUCGACUGCAGUUUCUAUAUGGUAGUUGUCAUCUGUGGCCUCUCUCUGGUUUAGCUUUACCUGUGGUUCUGAUCACUGGAAGCAUCUUGGCUUUCUCCCAAGGACAGCUUGAUACCUAAUACCCAGUGAGAAAUUUUCCCCUUGUCUUUUAAACGAUUCUAUUUAUUAAUUUGUAUUUUUCCAGAUUUUGGUUAUUAUUGUCUAUUUAGACUCGCCCAGUUCUUAGUCUCAAUAUGGAGCCACUGAGAACAUAGCACUCUUCUUUUGCAUCAGCAAUGUAAAUCUGUUUUUCUUUUUGAUAUACUUGCUACACAAGUAAUUAUUUUAGCCUCCCAA